UUGGCAUUGGGUCUUCGCUCGGCAUUCUCAUUCUCAUUUCCUUGGCGUUCUCGCAAGUGUUGCCAUCGUGGCAGCGCUGCCCGGGUUUACGACCUUCUGGUUGGCGUUCUUUCCUUCCCACUUCUGCCCUUCUGGGGUCUAUCGUUGCUCGUUGCUCGAUGCUCGAUUCUCAGUUUUCAGUUCUCGAUGCUCAGUUCUGAGUUCUCUGUUUUUGUGCCAUGCUCACCUCGCAUCCUCAGAGCCUCACAACCUCGCCGGCAUCUCCUCGACAACCACCUCGGUAUAUCUGUAUCUAUGUAUCUAUAUAUCUGUAUCUGCGUCGACUGCGCUGCAACCGAAACGAACGGAACGAACCCAAGCGCGCCUUGUGUCAAAGUGAACAGCAAAUAUUAUUUUUUGGACACUUUGCCAUCAGGUCGCCGUCGCGUCGCCCGGAGCUCAAACGACGACUACUUGCUGCCACUCGUCCUGCUCCCCGUUCGGUGGGCAUUGUCCUGCGGAGCUCCUGGAGUUCCUGGAGUCGCAUUCGAAGUCUGACUGUGGGUACCGGAGCCACGGCCUUUGUCUUCGGCGGCGGCGGCGUUGCACCAAUUGUGCACCAAUCCGACAACAAAAGCCAAAAACGCUGCAGAUGGGAACCCAAAAGUAUACGAGAAGUCAACCCAAAGUAUAUAAAGAAAAUGAAAGAAGUGGCUGUAAAUCAAAAAGAGCCGGUUCGGCAUCGUUUGUUGCCAAAAAUACCAAAAUUAAUUAUAAUAAUGACAAAGAACAAGCAAUUUGACCCCGCGUUCGCAUCCGCAUUCGAAUCCGCAUCCGCGCGCGUUCGGUUGGCCAAUUGUGAAUGUGGAUUACAAAUUCGCGUGUGCGACUUGAGAAAACAAUUGGAUAUGAAAAACCUGGGCAAAAAUGUAUUUGCCAGCAUUUCCGCCUUGCGGUUUGGCAGCUGAAGGGACAGUGAGUGGUGCAGCUUUUGGACCGGCUCCCUUGAGUUUGCGGGGCGUGACUUCAAUUAAAGUGAUUUGUGGCCUCUGCUUCUGACACACGAGACGUAAAUAGCGGCCCUGAAUUAUGGUGCUGCUAAAAUAUGUAUACUAGAGCAUAGUCCUCGGCCCACCAGAGGAACGGAAACCGCCUCAAAGUUUGCUAAUUGAAGAGCUCCUUACUUAUUUUGUCUCCGCCCCGAAAAUGCCCAACAAAAUGCCGUCGGCGGAAUCGAAAAUGUCGGCAAUUCGGAUUCCCGGCGAAGAGGCAGUGGAUUUAAUGGAGCCCCAUGAUGGCCGAGCUGAAAAUAAAGAAGAAGAGGCGAGACAGCGGCAGCCAUCAUGGAUGUGAAAGAGAGCGUGCUCUUCGCCUCUCUCGCUCGCGCUCGUGCCUACGGCAGUCCGGUAUUCCACAGCGGCCAUGCUCGCUCCAUGCUGCUCUGCUCGCCACUCACCUGCGACGUCGUCUGUUGUGAAGUUCUUGCGACGUGAGCGACCGAAACUCGGGGCCCCGAAAAUCCAGAGGCCCAAAAAAACAGGAUUGUGAGCGAGCGAGGGGGCGGAGGAAUUUCUACGAGGUUUCUGCGAC